AUGCCACGAUUCUGUGACUAUUGUCAUUCGUACUUGACGCACGACACACCGAGCGUGCGAAAAAGCCAUUUGCUAGGGAAGAAUCAUGUCAAGCUCGCGGCAGACUACUAUUGCAACAAAGCACGCCAGACCGAGAAGCCCAUCUUUGAAAAGUCGCGGAGCGCCAAAAAGAACCGGAAGCGGGCGCGGAGCCCGCGCGGACAAGAGCCAGAGCGGCGCUGGACGCUGCACUGCGAUACCAAUCGCCAAAAACGGCAGUCGCACAGGGCUGCGUUGGCACAACAGGAUCUGGCGCCCAUAUCGGUGCUCGAGAAGCUGUACCGCCACUCGCCCGCGUACGCCAAGGUUUUUGUCUCGGAAUGUCGGCUGGAUACAGGCCAGUCGGUGCGUCUGGAGCGGCUUCCGCAGCGCGCGAACAAAAGACCGCAGCGGACGGCCGCGGCAGAUCCCCAGAAGCCGACGCGCGACACGCUGUAUAAACCAGACUACUCGGACGCUGGGAAGAUCCCAUCUGCUGUGCUUCUGCCGCCGCCGCCUUCGCUCGCGCGGUGGCCCGCGUGCCCACCGCUGCAGCUCGCCAGCGACCGCGCCGCGACCGCGACCGUCCAGCACGUGACCCGCAAGCUGGAGGCACGCCGCUAG